AAGCCCUUGGGAUCGGGCAGAAAAUGGCCUCCUGUUCGCCCACCGCUCUCCUUCCCUGUCUUCCAUUCUCCUCCGUACUCACUGACAAAAAGUUGUUUGGCACGGGGACCGGGUCGCAAUGACAUAGCUUGUUACUGUUUCCGCAAUAUUCCCAUCCUAAUCCUCCCACGCUCAUUUGGAAUAUUCCUUUGGACAGUGUAAUAUUAUGUUGUUUUCCUUGGCCCAGGUGGCAGCGCUGCUGCUCGCAGCCGCCGAACUUCCGGCGGCGCAUGCCCAGUUCUACAAAAUCGGAUCCCGCAGCGAGAUCCUCCAGUCGGCGCGGACGCUCGCAUACGACAUGAUGCUGUUCUACCAGGGCAACAAGUCGGGCGAGGUGCCGGGGAUCCUGCCGGGCCCGCCGACGGAGAACAAGGGCGACUACUACUGGUGGGAGGGCGGGGCCAUGAUGGGCACGUACAUCGACUACUGGCACCUGACGGGCGACACGAGCUACAACCACGUCGUGACGCAGGGCAUGCUGCACCAGGUGGGGCCGGACCGCGACUACCAGCCGCCCAACCAUACGGCCUCGCUGGGCAACGACGACCAGGGCUUCUGGGGCAUGUCGGCCAUGCUCGCCGCCGAGACGAAGUUCCCGAACCCGCCCGACACGGAGCCCCAGUGGCUGGCCCUCGCCCAGGCCGUCUUCAACACCCAGACGGGCGAGGAGAGGCACGACGAGACCUGCAACGGCGGCCUGAGGUGGCAGAUCCCGCCCACGAAUGCCGGGUACAACUACAAGAAUACCAUCGCGAACGCCUGCUUCUUCAACCUCGGGUCUCGCCUGGCGCGGUACACGGCCAACGAGACUUACGCCAGGUGGGCCACCGAGACGUUCGAAUGGCUCUGGAACGUCAAGUACAUCGACCACCAGACCUGGAAGGUGUACGACGGCGGCCACGUCGAGCACAACUGCACCGACAUCAACAAGGCCCAGUUCUCGUACAACGCAGCCCUGUUGCUGCACGGCUCUGCCUUUAUGUACAACUACACCAACGGCUCAACCACGUGGCGCAACCGCGUCGAGAAGCUAACCGAGGCGAUGCUGCGCGACUUCUUCCCCAACAACACGGCCUUCGAGAUGCCGUGCGAGGGCCGCAAGGGCGCCUGCACGGCCGACAUGCUGACCUUCAAGGGCUACGUGCACCGCUGGCUGUCGGUGGUGACGCAGAUCGCGCCCUUCACGCGCGCCGCCAUCCUGCCGGUCCUGGCCGACUCGGCCGCCGCCGCGGUGCGGCAGUGCACGGGCGGAGACACGGGCCGGCGGUGCGGGUUCUACUGGUCGGGGGGCGUGUUCGUCGACCCGGCUGUCGAUAAGACGAGCGGGGCCGGCGAGCAGAUGAAUGUCCUAGCGGCGGUGUCGAGUCUGCUGAUCGAGGAGGCGGAUCCGCCGGCUACGAACAAGACGGGGGGCAUUAGUCGGGGGGAUCCGGAUGCGGGGAACGGGAGGAAGAGUAAGCUGCAGAAUAUGAUCACGACGGGGGAUAAGGCUGGUGCGGCGAUACUGACGAUGGUGAUCCUGACGUCGGCAAUGGGGAUGUGGGGGUGGAUGAGCUACGACUGAGGGGG